CACACCCCUCUCUCUUUUUAUACCUCGCCGGCGCACACCAAGCCCUAGCUCCCCCUUUCUCUCCGAUCUCUGCCUCUCUCUCUCUCUUGAUUAUUGAACAGAUUCGUUUUAUUCCGCAGCUGAAUUACCGAUUGAAUCCAGCAGCUCUGCUAUCUGAAUUUGUUGACAUCUACAGUCGUUGCUGCUACCGGAUGGCCUGCUGCUUUAUGUACUUUCAGAAGUGAAAUUCAUCUGCAGUUUACAUGUGUUACUGCUGAUAAUUACGGAAAAUUUGAACUUCUAACAGAGAAUGGAUCGCUGUGAUACAUCUGGAUUUGUCAGUGGGGGUGCGGUGUACUCUUUCAGAGACAUCUAACCUUUGUUCUGUAUAUAAUUUCCUAAUACCCGGAAGUCAGGCAGACUGUUCUUUGUGAAUUGAGUUUUUGUUAAAAUAAGUGUGUUGGUACUUUAGAUAUUUGGUCAUGGAUGCCAGAUUCUACAAUCUGGGUUCUGCUGCUAACCCUCAAUCGGAUGCGUUCAAGAAUCUGUGCAGUCCCAUCCAAAUCAGAGGAACUGGAGCCAAAGUUGUGUAUUGUGCGGACACAACCCUACGACUUGAUUCUCCUGGUCAUGCAACCCCUUUUACAUCUGCUUCAAAGGGGGUGAAACGAAAGUGGGGUAUUGUAGGUGAUCCAAUGAAUCAGCAAGGUGAGUCUCUGCUAUGUCUCAACCUUGGUCAUUCGUCAAGCUCGUCAGACAGUAAGGGGAGUACUGCAACUGCCUGCACUUCAAUGUCUUCAGCCAAGGAAACUGAAGGGGAGUCUUCAAUGGAUAUAGAGCUGGACUUCACUCUAAAUCUAGGUGGUGAUAAAUCAUCAGCUGUAGAAAAACCUAGUUUGGAAUCAUUGAAAAAUGGGCCUAAGGUCGAUCUGCAAUUAAGCCUCUUCAGUCAGCCUGCUGUAUCUGAUAUUACAACUGUUUAUCCGAGUUCCUCUGUGCUGAAAAAUGCUACCAAGAUGGUUACCGACAAUGGAGGUCUAAAUGCAGAUGAAGGAUCACUUGGAAGUCCGUUUUUCCCAUCACUGACUCCCCACAAUGAGGAAAACAUUUGCUUUCUAGACCAGUCAGGACCAAUGAAGUCAACAUCUCCAGGUCUCUCCUCGAGUGUAAUUACAACACCAAAAAGCUCAGUCACCUGUACUUCCGGGAUAACGCAAUUACAACAGCAGCGUAGUAGUAGUACUAAACAAUGUCAGUUUCAGGGAUGUUUGAAGGGAGCAAGAGGAGCAUCUGGUCUCUGUAUUGCUCAUGGUGGUGGUCGCAGGUGUCAGCGUACUGGAUGCCAUAAAGGAGCUGAGGGCCGAACUGCAUUCUGCAAGGCCCAUGGUGGUGGUCGCCGAUGUGAGUUUUUAGGAUGCACAAAAAGUGCUGAAGGACGUACUGAUUUCUGUAUAGCCCAUGGUGGUGGCCGGCGAUGCUCUCAUGAGGGUUGCAGCCGGGCUGCUAGAGGCAAGUCCGGAUUGUGCAUUCGUCAUGGUGGUGGCAAGAGAUGCCAGAGAGAAAAUUGCAAAAAGAGUGCAGAAGGCCUGUCUGGUCUAUGCAUCUCCCAUGGAGGGGGUCGACGAUGCCAGUAUCCUGAAUGCAACAAGGGAGCUCAAGGAAGUACUAUGUUCUGUAAGGCACACGGUGGUGGCAAACGAUGCACAUAUCCAGAGUGCAAAAAAGGUGCAGAAGGAAGCACCCCCUUCUGCAAAGGCCAUGGUGGUGGAAAGCGAUGUUCAUUCGAAGGGGGUGGAAUUUGCCCAAAGAGUGUGCAUGGAGGGACCCUUUACUGUGUAGCACAUGGGGGAGGUAAAAGGUGUGCUAUCCCAGAUUGCACCAAGAGCGCCAGGGGACGUACUGAAUAUUGUGUUCGCCAUGGUGGUGGAAAGAGAUGCAAAUUUGAAGGCUGUGGUAAAAGUGCUCAGGGAAGCACUGAUUUCUGCAAGGCCCAUGGUGGAGGGAAAAGAUGCACCUGGGGUCAUCCUGGUUACGAGUUUGGGCAAGGUGAUGCUCCUUGCAACACAUUUGCUAGGGGUAAAACCGGACUCUGCGGGUCUCAUGGUGGCUUGGUCCAGGAUAAGAGGGUCCACGGUGGUGCAACCAUAGGAAUAACUGUUCCAGAUUCUGUAACCAGUCAAUCAGUCUUCACAGUUGAUGACAUUGGGAAGAUGGAGAACAGCUUGGUGACAUCCAACAGCAGUUGGAGCUAUUUCAGCGACCAGCAAGCACAUCAGCAUGUCGGAAGUAGCUCUUCAGCACGUAAGCUCCCAGAAGGAAGGGUGCACGGAGGGAAUCUUAUUGCAAUGUUUGCAGGUGGUCCUAGUUUCAACUUUGCUAGAAGCAACCACACGGUUGAUCCAUCUGACCCAGAGAAGUCCUUCAUGACGCAUCAGACGUGGAUGUAAAGGCCCACCCGGACCUUCUUUCUUAUAUCUCCAAAGCAGUCUCACCAGAUAUGUAUUAUUAAUUUCUCCAUGAGAAACUAGUCUCUGUUUGUUUGCCAUAGUUGCAACUUAGGCGCAUGUGUGAUAAUAAGGGGAACUGAAACUGCUUCAUUGUUGUUUAGUACUCUUUUUUAUGUAAAUACCUAAAUGUGUUUGUCUCUCUCAUUUAGCGGCCCGGAUCAAUGUUGUAGGGUCAAGCAGAGAUUCUGUUGUAGCAAUAAAGUUAUGGUUUUAUGCUUAA